AUGGUAUCAAAUCAUCUAAGAACAACAUGGUGUCUGAUUGGCGAAAUCAGUGGCAAACGAUCAAGCUACAGCACCUCAAAAAUCAAACGAAAAGAUGGUACAAAAAUUAACUCAACCAAUGAACUCAUGCAAGAAUGGAAAACAUAUUUUGAAGAAUUACUUAACAUUAAAACAAACAUUAAUCUAAAUACUCAAGCAAUACCACCAGCUCCCAAAGACCUACCAAUCAAUCAAGGUCCAAUAACAAUCAACGAAGUAGAACAAGCAAUAAAACAAUUAAAAGACGGAAAAUCUCCUGGACUUGACUAUUCAAUAACACCUGAAAUACUGAAAUAUGGUGGCAAAUGGAUAAUGAGUCAACUUUAUACAAUACUUUUAACUCCAUCCAAAUAUGUAUUCAAGUCAUGGCAUGAAGGCAUUGAAAUGGUUACAAUUGCUGAAUAA